UUCGACAUAUCGACCACAGUUGAUCCGAGUUAUGUGAUAUCUUUGAUAAGGAAACUUCUGCCUUCGAACGUACAAGAUGGCGAACGUGCUAUUGGCAGGGGUUUGAUUCGUGAAGAACCAAACACUGAAGAGAUAAAAGAGGAUGAAUCUUAUCAAAACCAUGGUACACUGAAUAGACCAGAAUCGAGGAAUGACGAUCACAAUCAAGGUAGAUCGGCAGGAGAAGAAACAUGGGAGGAGGGUGGAUGCAUUUUAUGGGAUCUUGCCGCAAGUGAAGAUCAUGCUCAAUUUAUGGUUCAAAAUCUUAUCCUUGAAGUGCUUUCAGCUAAUCUCGCGGUUUCUCAAUCUUUGCGUAUUACUGAGAUUGGUCUUGGAAUAAUUGGUAACCUUGCUUGCCAUGAAAUUCCAAGAAAACAAAUAGCCUCUACAAAAGGAUUGGUUGGAGUAGUAGUGGAGCAAUUGCUUUUAGAUGAUGUACCUUGCCUCUGUGAAGCCUGCCGGCUACCAGUGCUGGCAUACAUCUCUUUGCAGGCUGAACAUAUUCUCUCUCGUAUACUCUGGAUUGCUGAAAAUGCUCUUAAUCCAAUGCUACUUGAAAAGAGCGUAGGUCUCCUUUUGGCUGUAUUAGAAAGUCAACAGGAAGUAGCAGCUAUUCUUCUUCCACCUAUUUCGAAGUUGGAUAUUUUGAAUCUUCUGAUCAAACUCUUGGCUUUUGAAAUGAGCAAAUUAAAAGGAGAACGAAUACCGGAGAGGUACACUGUGUUGGAUUUGAUUCUUCGAGCAAUUGAAGUUCUCUCCACCAUGGAUAACUAUUCACAAGAAAUCUGUCUAAAUAAAGAGCUCUUGCAACUAGCAAAAGAGCUGAUUGAACUUCCAGAUAAAUAUGAGGUUUCCAGCUCUUGUGUAACAGCUGUUGUUUUGCUAGCAAAUAUUCUUACUGAUGCACCAAGCGCAACCUUUGAGUUGUCACAAGAUUUGAACUUCUUACAGGGUGUAUUCAAUGUAUUCCCAUUUGCUUCUGAUGAUGCGGAAGCGCAAAGUGCUAUUUGGAGCGUUAUUGCUAGAUUACUGACGCUGGUCCAAGAAAGUGAGAUGAGCCCAUCAAUCUUUCAUUUUCUUGUCUCGAUUCUUGCAAGCAAAUUGGAUCUGAUCGAAGAUGAAAUCCUUGUCCGUCCAUGCGCAGAAACAGAUGCUAGAAUUAUUGCUAUGAAAAGAAUUUCCGAUAUCUUGAUGCGGUGGAAAUUAUCAGAUGGUAGGGUAAAGGACACUUCUUCCAUGGAAGACAGUAGCAUCAAUGAAGAGACUGUUGAUAAAUUGCUGGAAGUCUGCUACAAAGCUACCAGGUAAUAGGUGCAAUGUGCAAGAAGCUACCUUGUCUUUUUCCAGAACCGAGAUAAAGUAAUCUAGGAAUACAUUACGUGGGAAUGGCGAAUAUGUGCAAUUAUUUGAAUGUGAAAAGGUGAAUGAAGUUGUGUAGACCAAGUACUCAUCUCUCUAAUAGGUAAUCCAAGUUUACGACCAACAGAGGUUGUUUUCUGUAGUUCCCUAGGCGUGUAGUCGGAUUGAAUAAGCUUAUUUUAAACAUUUAUCAAUCUUUGAAAAUUGUAUUUUGAACUUGGUUUGAUUAGAAAUGGAACGAGCUUUUAAU